ACUCAGCAUACACCCCUGUAUUUUGCUGCUGCACCGCGCAUGCGCGAAAUGUCGAUCACGUUGAUCUAACCUUACGUGAAGUGCGGACUGGCUCGUAUCAGCUCGUAUCAAUAUUAUCAAUAAGCUCAUGAGCUCAUGUCAGCUGUCAGCUCAUGUGCGGACAAGCACGAAGUCUCCCAGCGAGGUUAUGAAUAAUCGACAUAAACAAUGAAGACCGAAAUGUAUAAUGAAAUAAUGAUGAUGAUUCGUAAUUUUCGGGGCCUGUCGAGAGAUUGCGCCAAAAUGUUAAAGGAAAAAUAUAAUGACAUUCACCCGAACACGCUAUACAGCAUCCUAUCUUUAGAAAUACAACAGAAAAUGAAAAACAACCAUGUCAGACUCUUUGGGAAUAAUAAAAGUUAUUAUGACAGUUACUUGGAAGCGGUACGGCAUGGAGAGCCAAUAGGCAUUCUGCUAAGGAUAGCAAAAGAGAUCGACGCUGCACCGGCUCUGUUGGCACGUAACAUUUUGGAAAAGUAUUGCAUGCGCGACAAUGCAAAUGUUUCAAAAAAUCUAAUUUCUAAGCUGUUCAAGGAUACUACUUUAAUUGAUGACAAGGUUCUCGCAUAUGAAAUUUAUUUGUGCACAUUAUAUGAUGAUCUGUAUGGACCUAUAGCUGAUGCAAUGGGAAUAUGCAUAGGACAAGAGUACGAAUUCAAGUUGCAAGAUUGCCUGAUACAAAGAAAUAUUGCAUUUCGUAACGAAGAACAUUUACGAUUACGAGGAUACGACAAAACUCCAGAUAUCAAAUUAGAAGUACCAAUCGCAGUAAACGGUUACGUGAUAAACUGGAUUGAAUCCAAGGCACGAUUUGGCAAUAUAGAUGUUCAUCAAAAAUACAUGAAGGAACAAUUCUUAAGUUAUUGGAAUAGAUUCGGAUCGGGAUUGGUUAUUUAUUGGUUUGGAUUCCUCGACUGUUUGACUAAAUCGACCGAGAAAAAAUUUAUUAUAAUGGACCAUUUUCCCGAAAAUAUUACAUACAUGAAUCCAGCUUGUAUCAAACCUACGAAUAGUACGUAAUUAUAAUCUAUAUCAUCGCAUAUAUCUAUUUUUGUACAGUCAUCGACUCUUAAGUCAGGUUAAAUAAUUGGCAGAUAUUUUUGGACUGAAGACAUGUAUUAUCUUUAUGAUGAUGAUAUAUUUAUUUAAAUAGCUUGUAAAUAGGAUUUCCAGAUAAUCUAAUCGUAGAUCAAUGUUUUGAUACUCUAGGUCCGAUUGUUAUCAAAAUGGAUCGAAAUAUGGUUUUGUAUUUUCAUAUUGUAAUUAUAUUCAAAUCGUUAAACUAUUCAUAUUUUAAUCUUUUUUUAUUUUUAUGAAUUUUUUUGCAUCUUGAGAAUUAUUUAGUUCAACUAAUCGAGUAAAUGGAUUAAAUGCUAUCGCAUACCUGAAGGAACUAAAAUUACUAUUAAAAAAAAUAUAUACCUACAAUAUGUACAUAAAUAUAUUACAACCUCUCUCAAUUACAUGAUGAGACAAAGCUAUUCAUUAGCAUUAUAUUUUACAGUCUUUUGAAUACUUUAAAUGGAAUUGGAUAAUUUGUUGUAAGUUUAUCAGAUCUUGUCUUUCUUCUUAUUUUUAUCCGACACUGUAUACUUGUCGUAACUUUUCGUUGGAUCAAAGGGUUCCCAUCUACUCGCUGGAAAAAUGUGUUUGUUCCUCUCGUACCAUGAUCUGAAAAUAUGAAAAGCAUAUAGCAAAAUGCAAGAAAAAAUAUGCGAAAAAAUUGUACAAUUAAACUGGUCCUUUAAUAACAAAUACCUAAGUAAAACUUUUCCAGCAUGUGACUCCUCAGUUUCAACAGAAGCGUCAUGCAUAACGCGAAUGUCAUCGUGAACAUCAAAUGUGAACAAAGGUCCGCUCUUUCCUCGUGCCUGAUUACAUAAUAUAUAUAUUAAAACUUUAUUGUGAUGUUAUUUCAUAAGCUUUAUCAUUCAAGUUUCACUAUAUUCUUACCUUGGUUACAAUAAAAUCAUAGAAUGUAUAAUGGUGUGGUAAUAUAAGAUCCUCCUUAACAUACAUCAAUUGAUCUGCCAUAACUGUUUUAAGCUCACUAAAUUCACGCCUCAGGACUUCCAAGCAUCUCUGAAGAAGCUGAUAGAUAGAAUUUCCUGUGU